AUUACUUACAUUGUUGUUCGUUUUCUGUACGUUCUCUGUUCUCGUACAUAUUUCGUGAAUUAAAAUUUAUCUAUAUUUUUUAGUACCUACCGUCUCUUAAAAGACACUGUAAACUUACUUCGUCCAAGCUGUAAACACUUGUUUUAAAAUUAAUUGGAUACCUACUUAGAUUAAUAAAGUAUUAAUUAGUUUUCUCUCUCUGCGAUACCACGGAUACGGGGUUUACAAAAUACGUUCAGUGUCGAGUGUGAAUUACGGCGUACUUAACGCCUUUGUGUCGAUAGCCUCAUUUUAAUCUUUGUGUAGUUAGAUUAGUGAUUUCCAAUAUGCCGUUACUAUUCAGUGUUGUAGCGCGCGGUACUGUGGUUUUGGCUAAAUAUGCGAGCUGUGCGGGAAAUUUCACAGAAGUUACUGAACAAAUACUUUCGAAGAUUCCGCCCCAUGAUGAUAAGUUGACGUAUUCCCACGGGAAUUACCUAUUUCACUACAUUUCAGAAAAUAAAUUGGUGUAUUUUUGUAUUACAGAUGAUAAAUUUCAACGUUCUAGAGCAUUCCUCUUUCUCAAUGAGAUUAAAAGGAGGUUUACUACAACAUUUGGAGAUACAGCCCAAACUGCUAUUCCCUAUGCAAUGAAUAGUGAGUUUGCACGAGUCCUUGCAACUGAGAUGAAACACUACAGUGAGUCAAGGGACCUCGACGCUAUAUCAAAAGUUCAUGGAGAACUAGAUGAAUUGAAAGAUAUUAUGGUUAAGAAUAUUGACACAAUGGCCAUGCGUGGUGAAAAGUUGGAGUUGCUAGUGAAUAAGGCUGAGAAUUUGCAAACCAGUUCUGUAACGUAUCGGACGACAUCAAGGACUCUGCAAAGGACGUUAUUCUGGAAGAACAUCAAGAUGUACGUGGUCAUAGUAUUGGUGGCCGCUUUAGCAGUUUACCUGAUUGGGUCGAUGGCCUGCGGAGGCCUAGCGUGGAAGUCUUGUGUCGGCUAAAAUUUAAAAAAAAUGUAAUGUCGGCCCUUACUUUCCAGUAUUGUUAUAGAUUAAUAAGUAUCCACAAUGCAAUGUUUGGUUAAUGAUUAUUGGUAACAAUGUUUUUAAAUAGUUGGUUAUAACAGAAUCUGUCAAGUUGUGGGUAAAAGUGAAAAUAUAUUCUUUAAUUUUAUUUUUUUAUUUGAAUUCAAUGCCAGUAGGUAUGUAAUUAAUUUUCUAGUAAACAUUUAUAAAACACCACAUUUUUAUUAGAUUCUGAAACUAGUUGAGCAUUAAAAUCCAAUCAACUAUAAGUACAUUUUGACCAAAGAGCAUAAUUUUCUUUCACAAGAUAACAAAUCUUUGUGUUACUUAUUACUCUAUGAUUACUUGUUUUAAACUGUCACCAAAUAAUCUUAUACUUAUUAUCAAAUUAGAUAGGGUUUACAUUAUACAUCAUAUCAGUUCUGUUUACUAUUAAUAUCAAUUAAAAGUAAUAAUUUGUGUCUGAAAAAAAAAUAGAAAACAAAAGGUCAUGUCAUAAUGAGAAUCUAUCGCAUAAUAAUUGCUGUAAAAUACUGUCUGGAGAAAUAUAUCUCUGUUUCAGACGGGAGAAACAGAACUUGAUACAUCCAUAUAUUUAUCAUAGUUUAUGUAAAAUCCAUGCAUAAUUUAAUUAUACCACAGUACUUUUUUCGUAUUAUUCUUUACAGACUGUACUAAUAUUUUAAAAUAUUGUUUAAAAUAACAUACUGCGAUAAAACAAUUUUAAAGUAAGACAAAAGAAAAUUGCAGGAUUUAUUAGAUGUUUUUGAUCAACCAGCAUUGAAUGUUUGUAAACAAGAUGAAAACGGGACAAAAUUGAAAGCCGACAGGUGAAUUGAAAAGAAAACCUUCGAUUUUCAUUUUUAUAUUAAAAGAAAAGCCCAAUGAAUCAUUCUAUUCUUCUUAAACAGGGCGAGUAUUUUUGAUUAUACUGUGGAACCGGUGAAGGAAGCUCUGAAAAACAAUGAGUAAAUUUAAGUUAGGAGCACUCAAUUAGUUCCCCUUUAAUCCCGUAAAAGGCGACUAUGGGAAUAAGCUGAUUCAAGCUUCCAUGCUGGUCCUGUAGGAAAACAAUACACAGUUUUACUUCCCGCGUUGAUUGUAUCUGUCAAUCAAGUGAAAGGCUUUUAUCAUGGGACGAGAUUUUUUUUUUAAUGUCUUAAUAACUUAUCUUUAUUAAUUACACGGAGAAGGUCGUGUAGGUAUCUAUUAAGAACUAAUUAUUAAUAUUGAACAUCAUGUAACUGAAUAUCAUAUGAUUUUACUAUAAUCCGUAUUAUAAAUUCUUCAUAUAUUGUGUGUGACGUGACAAUCUUCAAAUGUUGUCUUGUGUAUGUUGACAAUGUAACGAGACUAUGCAUGUAUUUACGUUUUUUAUACAAAAGUUUUUAAUUAUUUUUGUCCUUAAUUGGACAAGUUAGUUAUUUCUUUCUUAUUUUAUGUUUUUAGUAAAUUUAUUUAAUUAAAGACUAGCAAGUAUUGUGAUAUUGAGAAUGUUAAAUUUUAAGUAAGUAUUGUUUGGAUCCGUGGUCAAAAGCAAUGUUAUAAACUUCAUAGAUUAUUACUGA